UGAUUUAGGAUUAUGUAAACCUGUCGAAUAUUUUCAAUUAUCUAAAAAAAAUGAAAUUUAUGGUGUUUUACCAUUGGUAGCACCUGAAAUUUUAAGAGGUCAACCUUAUACUUUAGCUAGUGAUAUAUAUAGUUUUUCUAUGAUUAUGUGGGAAUUAAUAUCUGAAGUUCCACCAUUUAAUAAUGAAGCUCAUGAUUUUCAACUUAGUUUAAAUAUUUGUAAAGAUAAACGUCCUCAAAUUAUUAAAAAUACUCCUCAAUGUUAUAUUAAUUUAAUGAAAAAUUGUUGGAAUGAAAAUCCAUUAAAAAGACCAAUUGCUUCUAAAAUUAAAAAGAUUAUUAAAAAUUG